ACCUAUACCGCACCUUUCUGUAAUGUUGUUAAACUUCCGGUCUGUAACAAUCACAACAUCCUCAUGUAUCUGUUGCCGCGUGUUAGGGAGCUGAAAGAGUCGAACAUCGGUACAUUCAAAUUGUUAUUGAUCUGUAAGAACAAUUACACACCCAUGAGAAGAGGAUUUAGGUCAGCGGGGUGAAUAAUCUUGUCGAGGAAUGGCGAAGAAAAAAAUGCUAUUGGCAGUACCUGAACCCGAGUGCAAGAAAGAGAGAACCGCUCCAGGAAGGAGGAAAAAGGAGGGACAGUGCCCAGAGGAACCCAGCUCCAAAAAACUGAAGGUGAAUAAAACAAGGACACCCGGGAAAGCAGUUACAAGAAAUAGACACCAAACCACUCCAGGAUGCACAGAGUCUGCCCAAACAGCCAAACAGAGAAGCAUUAUUCAUUACAUUAACAUGAAUGCACUGGGGCAAAGCAUUCAUGCACAGCUGCGACAGUGUCUCCAGCAGCCGUUUGUGCGCUCCCUGGCUUCCUACAAGCUCUUCCGGACAGCCAGCCCCUUCAACCGCAGAGUGACAAGCCUGGAGUGGCACCCGACGCACCCCAGCACCGUGGCUGUGGGCUCCAAAGGUGGAGACCUCAUUCUGUGGAACUAUGACGUGUUAAACAAGACCUGCUUCAUCCAAGGGAAAGGAGCAGGAGAUUUUAUUGGGGGGAUGAAGUUCAGUCCUACCAACCCAUCCCAAGUCUACACCGCGUCUGGCGACGGCACUCUGAGCCUGCAGGAGUUUGGUGGUAGAACAGCUCAGAUAAUCUCAAGCACUUCAGACUGCUGGCACGAUCACCAUAAUGUUUGUUUGUGGUACUGCAGCCUUGACGUCUCCGCAAGCAGACAGGUGGUGGUGGCGGGAGACAACGUGGGAAACACCGUCCUCCUGAGCGCAGAUGGCAAAGAGAUUUGGAAUCUCAGACUGCACAAGAAGAAGGUGACCCACGUGGAGUUUAACCCUCGCUGUGAUUGGCUGCUAGCAACGGCUUCAGUAGACCAAACGGUUAAAAUCUGGGACAUGCGGCAUAUUAAAGACAAGAACAGUUUCCUGCACGAGCUUCCUCAUAAUAAACCAAUCAAUUCAGCCUAUUUCAAUCCCACGGAUGGUUCCAAGCUACUUACCACAGACCAGUAUGAUGAGAUCCGGGUAUACUCCUCUGCUGAUUGGUCUAAACCUCAGCACACUAUACGGCACCCACACAGGCAUUUCCAGCACCUAACGUCUAUCAAGGCUACCUGGCAUCCGCUAUAUGACCUGAUCGUAGCAGGGCGCUACCCAGAUCUCCAGCACGCUGAUGAGUUGAGAACCAUCGAUGUGUUCGACGCCAACACAGGAGGGCUCGCGUGCCAGCUGCACAAUCCCAACGCUCCAGGAAUCAUCUCUCUUAACAAAUUUAAUCCCAUGGGAGACACACUAGCAUCAGGAAUGGGAUUUAACAUUCUGAUUUGGAGCCGUGAAGAAAUGGUGACCAGCAAGCAGGAAACUCUGUUGAAAAUGAUGCAAGAGCAGGGUAUCGGGGCCGACACCUCCAGGGGACAGAGGGGACCUCAGCGGCGCCCCCGUGGGGAAGGUAGUGGAAACGCAGAACUGGGCAAGCUGAAAAAGAAGCUGGCCAGCCUGGAGUCAGCUGGAGUGAGCACCAAGACCAAGAUCAAGACUAAGGAAAACACCAAACCACAGAAAGAAAAGCAGAAAAAGAAGCACUUGCAGGACUAAGAACGUGGUGCUAGGAUUAGUAAACCACAGGUCUGGAUUAGAUCAGUUUUAGCAUGGCUAUGGAGACAUGUUAUCUAGUGGCAGUAAUUGCUGGUUUAAUCCAGACCACUGUCUGCAUUCAUUAAUCAUCACAGAUAACACCCAUACUUUAAUUAUUGUAAAUAGACAUUUAUAUGUAUAAAAUAUGAUAUGCCAGCACAUUCUGUAUAUAUGUAGAGGAUGAUAAGCAUUGCUUAUCAUCUGCUUUAAAUUGCAUUUUUGUAGUGUUUGACUACCAUACGUCAUUGUUGUUUUAAACUCACUCCUGUUUUACCUGUUGGAAUAUUGAGAAAGCUGUUGUUAAAAUGCCUAAUAUAUGAGAAGCAGUUGUAAAAUUCUGAAUGUAAUGCCUAAAAUGACGGGGGUGCUAAUUAAGAUUCCAUCUGCACAAUUUGUUCCAUUGAUAAGUGCAAAAAUCCACCCCAUGAUUAGAUGGGCAGGCUACCGUAAAAGGUAUUGAGAUUUACUGGAAAGGGAAAAACCUUUAACUGAUUUGAAUACCUGUAUUUGCUUUGCUGAGGCUUUAGAAAAAGUUUAUUUUUUUUGACAGAUUUCUAUAUAAAAAUGUUUGUAAUAAACCCUUUAGACGUGGCCGUUUUAAACAUUAAAAAAGCUUACGAUUCUA